UCAGCGGAUGCAAGUCACACACGCUCCCUCCCUCCCUCCCUCCCUCUCUCUCUCCAAGUUAGCAAAGAACAAAAAAAAAAUAGCCGCGUUAAGGAUAAGAGCGGGAGCGGAGGGGGGUGCGCGCGCGUACCGGGGAGAGCCGGCGAGCGGAGGACACCGCCGGCGGCUCCGCACACUCCUCCCUCCGCGCCAAGUGAAGCAGCAAGUUUGCCGCGCACCUGUUUGAGCAGCUCGGAUCCCUCCGGCCGCCGAGCCCCGAAAGUGAUUUGCACCAGGGAGAAAGUUGGGGUUUGGUUUUUGGGGUUUUGGUUUUUUUUGUUUUUUGGUUUUUUGUUUUUUUUUUCCGCCGGCGGGGCCGCCGCUCGCUCUCCUCGCGGUCUUCUCCUCCUCCUCUUCCUCCUCCUCCUCCUCCUCCUUUUUUUUUUUUUUUUUUUUUUUUUUUUGCACGGCGGUCGCUACCUAGCUACAAACGGGUUUUGCCUCGCUCGCUCCCCGUCCUCCCGGGCUCCUCUAUGUUCGAUUCUUUUUUCCCGCCUGGCGCCGGUGGAAAAUAAAAAAGCCACUUGAAUGUACAGCAUGAUGAUGGAGACGGACUUGCACUCCCCCGGCGGAGCCCAGGCCCCCACGAACCUCUCGGGGCAGACCGGAGCGGGAGGCGGCGGCGGAGGCGGCGGCGGCGGCGGUGGCGGCGGCGGCGGGGGGAACAAAGCGAACCAGGACCGGGUCAAGAGACCCAUGAACGCCUUCAUGGUGUGGUCGCGGGGCCAGCGGCGGAAGAUGGCCCAGGAGAACCCCAAAAUGCACAACUCGGAGAUCAGCAAGCGCCUGGGGGCCGAGUGGAAAGUCAUGUCGGAGGCCGAGAAGAGACCGUUCAUCGACGAGGCGAAGCGGCUGCGGGCGCUGCACAUGAAGGAGCACCCGGAUUAUAAAUACCGGCCCCGGCGGAAGACCAAGACCCUGCUCAAGAAGGACAAGUACUCGCUGGCCGGGGGGCUGCUCGGCGCCGGCUCGGCCGGCGGAGGCCCGCCCGGCGUCGGCGUGGGCAUGGGGGUCGGCGUCAGCCCCGGCGGCGUCGGGCAGCGCCUGGAGAGCCCCGGCGGCGCGGCCGGCGGCGGCUACGCGCACAUGAACGGCUGGGCCAACGGCGCCUACCCGGGCUCGGUGGCGGCGGCGGCGGCGGCGGCGGCGAUGAUGCAGGAGGCUCAGCUCGCCUACGGCCAGCACCCGGGCGGCGGGGGGCACCCGCACCACCCGCACCCCCACCACCCCCACCACCCGCACAACCCGCAGCCCGUGCACCGCUACGACAUGGGCGCCCUGCAGUACAGCCCCAUCUCCAACUCGCAGGGCUACGUGAGCGCUUCGCCCUCGGGCUACGGCGCCUUGCCCUACGGCUCCCAGCCCCACCAGAACUCGGCGGCGGCGGCGGCGGCGGCGGCGGCGGCGGCGGCGGCCGCUUCCUCGGGCGCGCUGGGCGCCCUGGGCUCGCUGGUGAAGUCGGAGCCCAGCGUCAGCCCGCCCGUCACCUCGCACUCGCGGGCCCCGUGCCCCGGGGACCUGCGGGAGAUGAUCAGCAUGUACUUACCGGCGGGGGAAGGCGGCGAUCCGGCGGCCGCCGCCGCCCAGAGCCGCCUCCACUCCCUGCCCCAGCACUACCAGAGCGCCAGCACGGGGGUCAACGGCACCGUCCCCUUGACGCAUAUCUGAGCCGGCGCCGGCACCGGCACCGGCACCGGCGGCGGCAGCGGG